AUGAUUCUUUCUCUUUCCCUCUUCUCCCUCCACAUUGUAUCAAGUUAUUACAAAUAUUAUUCCUAUGUGGUGCAAUAUUGUGACGUGAUGCGAAAGAAUCAACACUCCUAUGUGAUGGAUGAAACAAUUUUUACAUUAUUGUCUCCGUAUAUUGCCAUGUUGUUGUUGGAAAGUGUAAUCUUUUCGUUAGCGUUUCAAGUGUCCAUGUUAUUGGCCUUUUUGAUGAGUGUCACGAUGGUUGUCAUACUCUUUCAAUUUAGACCUCCAGCUUUGGUCACUACUGUUGGAAGUAACAAUGUAUCGUCAUUCGCAACCACCACUUCAUUCUAUUCAUUCAUUUCAAAUGUCAUCAUUGACACUCUUUAUUUUGUAACUUUUAUUGUGAAUGCGAGUUCACAUUUUUCAUUUCUUUCCAUAACAUUGCUAUCACUGCCACUGAUUCUCAUCAUUUCACACACACUGAUCAAGUUGUGUAGUUUUUAUGUAUUCUAUGCAAAUACAGAGAUUUUAGAAAAUCAUGAUUCAAAAUAUUUAAUUCCAAUUUGGCAAUUAGCAAAUCCAGAGUUGAAAUUAUUGGCAAAACAAUUAUUUUAUAUGAGAGAGGAAAUGGCAUUGAUUCAAACAGUAGGAUUGUACAUGAUCAUGUUAUUGAGCUGGAGCUUAUCGAUGGCAACUUCCAAAAAUGGAAUUUGGUGUUUGAUUGGAAUGACCAUUGGCAUUCAAUGUCUAACACAAAUACGCUUCAUUGUGAAUCGAAUUUCACUCAUUUUGACACCUCUCUUUGAAAAACACCUUCUUUCUCAAUUCGCCAUACUCGCAUUUAUUUUCCCAUAUUCCAAUUCCGAUCUCGAAAGUCAAGAAUUAGAAUUAAUUCAACAAGUUGAAAAAUUGAAAAUUUCUAAUCAUCCAACACCUCAAAAAGCAAUUGUUACAAGCUCUACCUCCAUGAAUUCUCAACCACAAACGUCACCUGUCAAGGAAGUGAAACCUGUGAGUAUUCUUAAAAAACCUUCUUCAUCCACCACAAACGACAAGGAACAAUCAAUGAGCAACACUUUGGAUUCUUCUGAAAAGAAAUCCAGUAAGGUCAGUGUUACUUCUGAAACGUCACAACAAGAAAAACAAGAAAUCAUUCAUCCAACCACUUCUUCAACAACCACCACUCAACGAGUUCCUUCCAUGAGAUUUAGAACUAGUUCUUUAGCUAAAAUGUUAAAACAAGGCCAAGCAGAAUCUUCAACCAAUUCCUCGUCAACGAGUGGUCAGACAGAUGUGUCCAAGACAACAACAAAUGUGAACACAGAAGAAUUAACUUCUCCUCGUGGAGGUGUCAGCAGUGGAGUUGCCAUUGUUGGAAUGAUUGGAGAACGAUUGAAACAGAAAUUACAAUUAAGAACAUUGAAAGAUUCAAAUUCUUCGAUCGUUUCAGAUUCCACAAGUUCUGUGGAAAAGUCUGAAAAUGGUGAUGAAACACAUUCACAGGGAACCAUGGUUGUGAAAAAGGCAAAAAUUGCAAAACCUCGUCGAGAGAAAACUCGUACGAAUAUUUCCUCGUUAUUGAAUCAUGUCAUUGAAGCUACUACUGAUCAGCACGAUAUUGAAUUGCCAAAUCAAAAUGAAUUUGACAAGUUGGAGGAAAUUUCAAAAUUGGAAAAGAAAUUGGGAGCCAUUGGAGCAUUAUCCAUUCAAAAAUCACAACCACACAAAAAGGAUGAAAUAACAGAAACGUCAACAACAUCAACAACUACAGAAGAGAAUACUUCUGCCUCUUCUGUCAUUUCUUCCAUUGGAAAUCGAAUGGCAAAAAGUUCAACAAGUUCCUUGAUUCAAGAAGAGGAAACAAACAAAAACAACACUUCAACCAAACCAAAAGGAGGAGUUGCUAUUGGAGGAGGAGGUAUUAGCUUGAAUGCCAUUUUGAUGGCUCGUAAUAAGCUCAACAAAACAGGGGAGGAUUUAAAGUAG